CUAAUAUAAGUCAGUAAUAAUAUAGAAUUAUUGUCGAAACCAAACACAAUUCUUCAACCCUUUCUUAACCAAUUAAAUCAUUCUUCAUCGUUUUCAUAAUUCUCUGUAUCUGUCUGUCUACAGCGAAGGAAUGCAGAGAGAUGAGAGGCCAUUGCUAUCGGUUCUCUCCAUCUGAAGUUGUAAGCAUUCUUACAAAACGAAUCAUUGGCGGUAGACAUUGCCACCGCAAACACGUUGAAGACGGUUGAUCUAUUCUCCAUCUUCAUCUCUUCUUCCUUCAUAUUUCUUCUAUUACUUUGUAAAUACUAACUAUGUGUGAAAAGGAAAACCCUAACUCUCACUCGGCUCUGCUCGAUGGAAAAUACGAGCUUGGUCGAGUACUCGGUCACGGAACAUUUGCUAAGGUUUACCACGCCAAGAAUUUGAAUACUGGAAAAAACGUAGCCAUGAAAGUAGUUGGUAAAGAAAAAGUGAUUAAAGUUGGAAUGAUUGAACAGAUCAAAAGAGAAAUCUCUGUCAUGAAGAUGGUCAAACACCCUAACAUAGUUCAACUUCACGAAGUCAUGGCUUCCAAAUCAAAGAUCUAUAUCGCCAUGGAACUCGUUCGCGGUGGAGAGCUUUUCAACAAAAUCGUCAAAGGUCGACUCAAAGAAGACGUUGCUAGAGUCUAUUUCCAGCAGUUGAUCUCAGCCGUUGAUUUCUGUCACAGUCGCGGUGUUUACCACCGUGAUCUCAAGCCGGAGAAUCUCCUCCUCGACGAAGACGGUAAUCUCAAAGUCUCUGAUUUUGGUCUCUGUACUUUCUCUGAACAUUUGAGACAAGAUGGAUUGUUGCAUACCACAUGUGGUACUCCGGCGUAUGUUUCGCCGGAGGUUAUCGCGAAGAAGGGUUACGACGGUGCUAAGGCUGAUAUUUGGUCUUGUGGUGUUAUUCUUUACGUUCUUCUGGCUGGAUUUUUACCGUUUCAGGAUGAUAAUUUGGUUGCUAUGUAUAAGAAGAUUUACCGCGGUGAUUUCAAAUGUCCACCGUGGUUUUCUUUGGAAGCUAGGAGGUUAAUUACAAAGCUUCUAGAUCCGAAUCCGAAUACAAGAAUAUCCAUAUCGAAGAUAAUGGAUUCUAGUUGGUUUAAGAAACCGGUUCCAAAGAGUAUAGCGAUGAGGAAGAAGGAGAAAGAAGAGGAAGAAGAUAAGGUGUUUGAAUUUAUGGAGUGUGAGAAAUCAUCGACGACAAUGAAUGCUUUUCAUAUAAUUUCACUAUCAGAAGGAUUUGAUUUGUCUCCGUUGUUUGAAGAGAAGAAGAGAGAAGAGAGGGAGGAGAUGAGAUUUGCAACGGGUGGGACGCCGAGUAGAGUGAUAUCGAAACUGGAACAAGUGGCGAAGGCGGUGAAAUUUGAUGUGAAGAGUAGUGAUACGAAGGUGAGACUUCAAGGGCAAGAAAGAGGGAGGAAAGGAAAGUUGGCUAUUGCAGCGGAUAUUUACGCGGUGACACCGUCGUUUCUGGUGGUGGAGGUGAAGAAAGAUAAGGGUGAUACUUUGGAGUAUAAUCAGUUCUGUAGCAAAGAGCUUCGUCCUGCUUUGAAAGAUAUUUUCUGGACUUCUGCUGACCCUCCAGCUGCUUGAUGAAUUUUUUCAUCAUUAAUCAUAAUGUUUGUUUAAUUUACUUAUGUUAUGUCUCAUUCUUCUCUUUGUAAUAAUUCUUGUUUAGGAGGAGCUUCAUGUGUUGUUUUAAUUAUGUAUGUUUCUGCUUUUGUAUCUUAAUCGACUAAAAAUUCCUUGUCUUGUUUGUGUGUGAUAUUAAUUUUAUGUAUAAUAAUUGGUUUUUAUUUU